UUUUUUUUCAUUAAAUUGCCAAUAAUUGAUGUUAAAUAUUAAAUGUAUUCACCCCAAAGAACAAGUAUUUUAAAAAGCCCUGCACGACAGUCUCCAAUAAAAAGAAAAAGUCCUAGUGAAAGUCCAAUCAACAAUAGAUAUUAUACUUCUAACACUUCACCUUGGCGAUCAUCACCAACAAAACGCAAUGAAGAUCCUUCAAUGUCUCUUGAACACUAUUUAGCUAUGAAACAGUCAAGAAAAAGAAUGAAACCAGCUGAUGAUUCACCUACAAGGCCAUUGAAUGGUAUCAGAGGCAACUCGAACAACACUACACUGCCUUCUGUAUAUAAUAAUAGAAGAUCAACUAUACUCAUAAAUAAUAGAAAGAGACCUAAUCAAAUAACUGCGAAUCGAGCCAAACCUAAUCUUGGAAUGACUAGUAGUCCAGUUACAUUACCAAAGAAAGAUGUUCGAUCUUGUAUAACCAUUUGUAAUCAGGCAGGAGGACAAGAUUUAAAGAUUCGUGUAUGUGUUAGAAAACGACCAUUAAAUAAACAUGAGAUUAACAUGAAUGAGCAAGAUAUUGCACCAUUAACAAAUACUAGAACUAUUGAAAUCCAUGCGCCAAAACAAAAAGUAGAUCUUACAAAGUAUAUUGAACAACAUUCUUUUACAUUUGAUGACGUUUUUGAUUGUAAUACCUCAAAUAGAACUAUUUAUCAACAAACAACUCGCCCUUUAGUAGAACAUAUGUUUAAAGGUGGAAAAGCAACUUGUUUUGCAUAUGGACAAACAGGUUCUGGAAAGACAUUUACUAUGCUUAAUCCUAAACAUGGUCUUUACUUUCAAGCUAUUACAGAUAUUUUUAAACUUCUCAAUAAUCCACAUUACAGCCAUCUUCAAGCCUGGGUAGGCUACUAUGAAAUAUACCAGGGACAACUAUUUGACUUGCUUAAUAGUCGGAAAAAGCUAGUUCCACGAGAGGAUGGCAAGGGCAAUAUUAUCAUUUCAGGUUUAAAAGAAUAUCAUAUCCAUUCAUCCUCUGUCAUGAAACAAGUUUUUGAUUUUGGUAAUCGAGAGCGUACAACAUCAAAGACAGAAACAAAUGAAGCGUCAUCCAGAUCGCAUGCCAUUUUACAAAUUUUACUUAAACAAACUUCGAACCAUGCUGUCUAUGGUAAAUUAAAUUUUAUUGAUCUUGCAGGUAGUGAAAGAGGUACAGAUCGUGGUAGUAAUUCAGAUACAAAGACGCGUAUGGAAGGAGCAGAGAUCAAUCGUAGUUUAUUGGCCUUAAAAGAAUGUAUUCGUGCCUUAGAUCAAGAUAAACGGCAUGCGCCCUUUAGAGGAAGUAAAUUGACAAUGGUAUUAAGAGAUUCCUUUAUAGGCAAUUCAAAGACAUGUAUGAUUGCUACUAUAUCACCUAAUCAUUCAAAUAGUGAUCAUACAUUGAAUACAUUAAGAUAUGCUGACAGAGUAAAAGAAUUAAAAGGCGAAUCUGAUCCAAGGUUAUUAAAUACUACUACUACUACUACUAACAAUGUACUUGAAGAAUCAUCCUUAUUUCAAAAGGAACAAGAUGAUCCAAUGCUAUUAGAACCAGAAAUUACAAUUUCUACUACUAUAACAAAUGAUAACACAAGCCAGUCUACACCCACCGUUCAUAUACCCAUCCAUCAUCUACAGCCGCCACCAAAGCUCACAAAAAGGCAUAUUAAUAAUUUUAUUCAUUCCCACAAAAUUCAGGUAGAAGCAUUUGAAGCUUAUAUUAGAAGUUCAAAUGAAUUGAUAGCUCAAUUUGAAAGAGAUUUUGAAUAUCUAACAAGACGAGAUGACGAACGAUCAAAACAACUUUUGAAAGAAAAAUUCGAAAACUAUCAACAAGAGUUAUCCUAUAAGGGAUCUCAUGUAGAUUAUUUUCUUCAAAAUUUGAAAAGUAAGGUGAAAGCUGAACUUGUAGAUGAUGAUGAAGAAGAUCAUUAAUAUAUAAAUAAAUAAAGCUAAAGCUAAAGCU